AUGCCGCGACACAUCAGCGACAGCGACGGCGAAGAGCCACUAGAGGACACGACGGCGGCGCUGUCUCUAAAGUCGAAGCGCACCGAGCGCAUGCAGCGGCGCAAGGUGGUGCGCGACAGGAAGAAAGACGCCAUGGCCAACCUCACGAAGCUGCCAACCGAGCUGCUCCUCGAGUGCCUCGCGCACGUGACGCCGCGCGACGUCUUUAGCUUCAGCCUUGCCAGCCGCCGCUUCCACGCCCUCGUCGCCGCCAACACUCGCGUGGUUGGCGACGUCAUCAUCGCGCGCCGUUACGCGCUUCUUGCGCAGUGCUUUCCCACUCCACGGCUGCUCAGUGACGUCGAGCCCGCAAUACAAAAGCUGAUGGCAGACGCCAGCCGUCAGACGCAGCUCAGCAUCCACAAGCGCCCCUACACGCACAUCCAGCCUCCAGACGCACAGCAGCUCUGCACUUGCCUGACCUGCAUCCUCACGUGGAACAAUCUAGGCCUGGUGCUGGACUUUGCGCAUUGGCAGUCCAACCUUGACGAUGGCGUGCCUAUAGCGAUAAUUCCGCAAGGAAGGACAGCCGAGUGGAACGAUGAGCUCGUGGCACGCAACGCUCGAAUUGUGCGGAAAGCUGUCAAGGACUCGCUGUGGCAUGCCCGCAUACUGGAGCUGCACCUCGACAGCACAGUGCGCUCCAUAAAGAGGCAUUUGAAGAACAAGGGCAACAAGCGCACGCAUGUCGACAUGGCAGAUGCGGAUGUGGACUCAGGCGCAGAUACGUUCCUGUCGAAACACGGCCCACCAAGCCUCGAAUUCCCCUACCAACGCGAUGAGUAUUACAUGCUGGAGGCAUACCUGCCCAACCGCUGGUGGAAGAAGGCUGAGCAGCGUUGGGUCUACAUAAUCGCAGGUCAACACGAGCGAGAUCUCGAAAUGGUCCAGCGCUUCGGUUCAAGGUAUGCACCUAGCCAACAGCCUCGCUCAUAG